CUCCGCUGUUGAUUGAUAACUCGUCUUAAUAUCAUAUCAUUUAGAUUCCUCUAGCAUCUUUUGAUUGUAGCAUCAACCCUGAAACAAAGGAACAUGUCGAUUCGUGCAGUAGACGGCUAGUCUAUACAUAAGCAUGGAGGACUCACAAAAAACAUGUGACAGAUAGAAAGAUAAGAUGCAACACGUAUCACCAGAGAAAGGUGAGCCCACAAGACAAAGAGGAACCUAGACGAGAACCGUGCAGAAGCAACAUGGCGAAGAGCCCCGACUUUUUGCAACAAUCCUUUGUCAAAAAGACAAAAGAGAACGACUUACAAGAUAUAGGAGAAGACAAUUUGAGUGCUUUGGAGCUCUAUCUACAUGAUUUGGGUCACGAAAGAAGGCCAGAGAGUAGAAAGAAUGUUAUAUUAGACAGUCUAAGCAAUAAUAUCCAACCUUCCACAAGUUACACCCCUAAAAAUGAUGGUCGCAAGAAGCAGGAGAAAGAACAAAAUCAUCCUAGGACAAAAAAAUCCUUUCAAAGAUGCUGUUCAUCUUUCAUGAUUGGGAUAGUCAUUGUCGUAUCUCUUGCAUCUCUGUUCAUCAAUGUGCUGAUGAUCAAAGGAACUAUUGUCCCGAGUGGAUGCCAGAGAAUUGAGAAUAGAAAAGCAAUUGGCACCAUUUCAAAUAUCGUUUUAAGAAGAAGUUAAUCAGUUUACUCCUACGACUAAAGACUUUUUACCCACAGGGCAUAACGGUGGGUGUAUUAGAAGGUUUGUCUUACGCAUGCACAGGACUCAGCAUGGGUUCAAUUUCUAGCCUUAAGAGCGUAUGUCUGUAAGCGUCGAGAAUCUUAAAUCAGUUUCAAAAAAAUCGAAUUUCUUUUUAUUGUACCAAAACAACCCUUUGG